GUAGACUCGACGAAUUUCCGAUUCACGAAGGUUGGUUGUAAAGGAAAGAAGAGAAAAUGUUUCUAAUGUGAAUAGUAGAAGCGCAGUUACUUUCACUUUGCGAGCUGUUCGCGACGCAUUUGAAAGAAAGUCCACGACUGAGUACGUCACCGCUCCACUAAUGAGGUUUAAAAGGUGACAUUGGGGUUUGAACACAUAAACUGCACCAUGGGGAAGAGAUACUACUGUGACUACUGCGACAGAUCCUUUCAGGACAACAUGCAUAACAGGAAAAAACAUCUUAAUGGUGUUCAGCAUCACAGAGCUAAAAAGGCCUGGUUUGACCAUUUUAGAGACUCUGCAGCAAUCCUGUACGAUGAGCAAAUAAAAAAACCAUGCAGGAAGUUUCUCCAGAAAGGAAUUUGUGACUUUGGCCCAAACUGCAGGUUUUCUCACAUGUCUGAACAGGAGCUAUUCAACUUAAAAAGACAUGUGGAAGAUGUAAAACGGCAAAGAGAAGACCCUCUGAACAGACUGAUGUCUGGCCGAAGUGUAGAGCAGUGGCUCUCCAGAAGAGAAAAGAAGAAAAGUGCCCUCACUAGCAAAGGAGAUCUAAAAAAUAAAGAUGACAUUGAAGAGGCACCAACAGAAAGUGAUGUACCUCACCAGUUCCUUUCCGUUCCUGACCUUCCUCCGUCACUGAUGCCUCCUCCUCCGGGCGGAUGGAAAGCCAAAGUGAACAAUGAAUGGGGCUGAGAGACAUUCUCUUUUUGAUUUAAUUCACCAUAAAAUGGAUACGUUACAUUUACACAAGGAAGAAUGGCACAGACAGAGUUCUGUGAAGAUGCAGUGUCCCGUUAAUAUUUGAAGUUUUCACUUGACACUAAUAAGCCGUUUCUAUUCGUCGUUUCAAAAAAUUGGAAUACAAUACUUGGUUCAAGCAGCUCAAUUAAAAUGAGUAAAUCUUUCUUUUUUAAAAAAAUAAAAUAUGGGGGGCAGAGUCUUUCUCGGCAAAAAUUCUCUUCAUUGGUGUUUUGACAGAGUCUGUGUGACAUCCGCUGCUGCACAGAUCAGCAGCCUGACAGUGGGACUCCUCAGGGGGAAACGGUUGAUGUCAUGUUCUCCCUGAGGGACUGCAGGACUGUUGAGGGGAUGGAAAUAAUUUAUGCUAUGUUUAAAAUUUGUGCUGCGACAGUGGGAAAAUGACAUUUCAAUGAAAAUGAAAAUGAAAAUUUCAGUCUUAUGCAGCAUCUUUGAUAUUUGACUACUACACUAAUUGGCCCCUUUAACUUGGUUAAUGCACUGAUGUACAUCAUUUUAACUGUUUCUACAGUGUUGUGACAGCUUCAUUCUUAUUAAAAUGCCAUCUGUUGGA